CCAUGAUGUUCACUUCCCGCCUCACUAUUUUUGCCCUACUCACCUUCCUCGCUGGCGUCAACGCAGGAUGCGCAGCGUGUGAAGAAACGUUGUACGGAGUCGAUAGUGCAACGACCUACAAGCUAGUCAGCAACUAUGAGAAGUCCGAAAACGGGUACACAGAGUGCGGUUAUAUGGAUAAGAAAGGUGACUCGGUGACCUGCGAGUAUAAGGAUGACGGUUGGCUAGUAGCGGAUGGGGAUUCAAAGUGUCCGAAAUUGUCAAAGAAGAAUGACCCUGAAUGCUAAAAGCAGGAUGUGAUGUGGAAUGAGCCCGACGAGAGGAGGAAUAUUGGUUUGCAGAAAGUUGGGUAUAUCAGUAGAUUUCGUCUGCUACAAAAUUCUCUUCAUGCCUGUGUUGC